ACUCGAACGACUCCUCAGUUGGAUUUAAGAACAUCGGACGGGCGGGCGUGUGUAGGAUGGAUCGCUAACGACACCAACAGUUUUUUUCAUUCCGCCUUCUAGCAGUGUUUGUUUAUUACCUUCCGGCACAUUUUCCGUAAAUCCUUCUCGACCGUGGUGCUUUAUAAUUUAAUUUAGGCGUUUUUUUUUCUAUCUUAACUUUAACGCCGUUCCGAUUUCACGUCGAGAAGGCGGCCGCCACAAGUUUGAAAGCGGCUUUUCAAGAGUAGUACACCUACUCGUUAUAAUUCUCAAUAUCGCUGCAUCAACGCAUCAAGCAAUCAGGAUGGUGAAGAAGGUAUCAGAAGAGAGUGUGGAUAGCGGUGUGGGCCGCUGCAGCAGCCAGUCGGGCAGUGAGCGCGAAUCGGACGAGAGCCCCCGAGGCAACGAGCCGUCAGCUCCCGUCCCCAUCCCCGACAGUGAGGACUUGCAGCGGCGCAAGGAAGAGGCGCGCAGGAAGCGCCGUAGGAAGAAGCGCUCUGGGAGCUCCGUUGUCACGUCAUGUUUCCAAGACCUCUACAAGCUUACAGGCGAGGUUUUAGGCGAGGGCGCGUACGCCUCGGUACAGACGUGCGUCAACAUCUACACGGGCCAGGAAUUCGCAGUGAAGAUCAUCGACAAAGUGCCGGGGCACGCCCGCGCCAGGGUGUUCCGCGAGGUGGAGACCUUCCACUACUGCCAGGGACACCCGAACAUAAUCCAGCUCAUUGAAUUCUUUGAGGACACAGACAAGUUCUACCUUGUCUUCGAGAAGAUCAACGGCGGUCAGCUUCUGUCGCGCAUACAGGAGCACCACUAUUUCUCAGAGCCGCAAGCGGCAGAGAUCGUGCGUGAGAUAGCGAACGCUUUACAUUUCCUCCACGGUAAAGGUGUCGCACACCGCGAUCUCAAGCCAGAGAACAUAUUAUGCGUCCACCGUGAUAGACUUUGCCCAGUGAAGAUAUGCGACUUCGAUCUCGGGAGUGGAAUCAGUUUCACUUCGAGCCUAGCGAGCCCGCUGGCGACCCCGCAGCUUAUGACGCCAGUGGGCAGCGCGGAAUUCAUGGCGCCCGAAGUGGUGUCCCUAUUCGCGGGUUCGGCAGCGAAUCAUUACGACAAGCGGUGUGACCUGUGGUCGCUGGGCGUGAUCGCAUACAUCCUGCUGUGCGGGUACCCGCCGUUCCGAGCCGACUGCGGCUCCGACUGCGGCUGGGAGCGCGGCGAGAACUGCCGCGCUUGCCAGGAGUUGCUCUUUAACUCUAUUCAGGAGGGACGUUACACGUUCCCCGAGGAGGAGUGGGGCGACAUCUCGAGCGACGCGAAGGAUCUAAUCCGGCAGCUGUUGGUGCGCGAGGCGUCUCACAGGCUCAGUGCCGAACGCGUGUUGACGCACCCCUGGCUGCGGCGGGCGGAUCCUAAUGCGAUCCACCCGCAGCUGCAGACCUCGCUCAAUAUUAAACGCAACAUGUCAGCGCGCAACCUGUCGAACUUCGCGGAGUCGGCGAUGGCGGUGAACCGGGUGAUCCAGCAGCACUUCUCCAUGAACUACUCGUACAUGGAGCCUGAGCGGGCGCGGGCGCUGCGCGGCAGCAAGUCGCAGCAGCCGGCGCCGCUGCUGGAGUGCCCGCUGGGGCUGUCGCCGCCCGCCGACUCGGAGCUGCUGCGGCGCCGCCUGGCCGACGCCACGCUGCUGCCCGUGCACUAGCCUUCGCUGACGUAGCGCCGCCCGAGCGAAGCCGCACCCCAUUUAUUUGAGCCUUUUAAAGAUAUAUUUUUAUGAGUAAACAAACGACUGAGUAGAUUUAUCGAUAUGUAGAGUAUUCGUGAGUUUAUGUUGAGGCGCGGCGCUAGCGCCUACAGACCGACGACGGUCGAUAAAAAUCGUAUUAUACCGAGAUAGUUCCGCCGAUCUACGUACUUUACGUCUUGUGUCGAUUACGGGGAUGAAAAAAUGUUUAUGUUUUGGAUUUAUAAAAUCCGCGUUUCGAAAUUGAGCUUAUGUAUUCGUGUAAUCGCCUUUAGUUUGUGGCCUAUCCUUUGCAAUAAAUAUAAAUUAUGUAAUUUUCGAUGGCGUUUUUGGAUACUAGUCUGUUUAUGUGAUUGUUUUUUGCAUUUUUACCAACGAUGGAAAACCACAUCUCAUUAAUUAAGAUUGAAUCAACCUAAUAUUUAUAUAAGAGAGUUAAGGGCAAUAUGUGACAUUAUUCCGAGAGGUGCAAGUGUAUAUAGUAGGUCGUUACGAUAUAUCGUUUGGAUCGUUACAUAAUACUUUACGGUAAUAGAGUAAGCCUUGCUUGUGAUGUCGCGAGUGGCACUUGUGAACUGAACUGAAUGCAAUGUCAUGUAUGACUCGAGCUGUUGGUACAUAUGUUAAGUGUUGCAUGGGGUUCCAUGGAGCUGCCAUAACUUUGUGAUCAGUUUGAAUACUUUUAUAUUGCUGAACGAAUGAAGUGUUGAAAUAAUGUUAAGAGUAGACCUGCUAGACUGUAACCCUGCGUACGACGUUGAUUGGAGAAAGAUUCACUAAGCGCAUUUGUUUGGCCGUUAUCCUUUACGAGAAUAAACAAAUUUUAUUAUAUUUUUCAAAUGUAAAUUUAUAUUCUAUUACUAUUAUUGUGAUCCGGUGGCUUUAUCCAAUCAAUUCUAAAACUUAACUUACGCAAUACUUUGUUAAAAUUUUGUUUUCGACUAAAUCAUUGAUACGGAUUUAUCAUUGAAAUACAGAUGUUUGAAUUUUUA